GAUAAAUUACACAAUGCGGCUUGUUUUUACGGCUAAUUCCGUUUUUAAACGCCUGCUGCACACGGAAAUUGCCGGAAAGUAUGCCAAGCAGCAGCCGCGGAACCUCAAGGGCCGGAGCAAGAGCUCCCAGGAGUGGCUCACGCGGCAGCUGGCGGAUCCGUAUGUGGAGAAGGCCCGCAUGAUGAACUAUCGCUGCCGCAGCGCCUUCAAACUGAUGGAGAUUGAUGACAAGUACGGAAUCCUGCGGCCAGGCGACACAGUUCUGGACUGCGGAGCAGCUCCUGGUAGCUGGACCCAAGUGGCCGUGGAGCGGACCAAUGCCAAUGGAAAGCAGGAGCGAGCGGCACAGGGAGCCGUCUUUAGCAUCGACCUGUUGCAUUUCCAUGCUGUGCCGGGUGCCACAAUCUUCGGCGGCAUGGAUUUCACCUCCUCCCUAGCACAGAAACGAUUGAGGGAGUCCUUGAAGGACAGAAGGGUCAACUGCGUGCUCUCCGACAUGGCGCCCAAUGCCACCGGAGUGAGGAUGCUGGACCAGGAGAGCAUCACGAACCUCUGCUACGAGGUGCUCCGCUUUGCUUUGGCCAUGUCCGCCCCGCAGGCCCAUCUGGUGGUCAAGGUGUGGGACAAUGGGGAUGUGCCCAAGCUGGAGCGGGACAUGCUUAGGUUUUACGAGAAGGUUAAGCGCGUGAAACCGCGCGCCAGUCGCGGGGAUUCGGCUGAACACUUCCUGGUGGCCAGGAACUUUAAGGGAGCACCGGAUAGUUGA